AAUAAAUUUAGGUUUGCUAGUAAUAUUAUAUAGAAACUCACUAAUCCUAUUCCUAAUAAAAUUUGGUUUGCUUGUAAUAUUAUAAAUACACUUGAAAGGUCCACUACGUUUCCAUUAGUUAAUAUUGAUUUCUCCUCUCAAGUUUUGCAAUAUGUUGCCAACAGGCUUUGUAUGCCACAGAUGCUUCAAGCGCUCUCUCAUUAGCGUUAAACCAAUUUCCAAACAAGAAAAAUUGAUUACUCCCCCAAUUGCUUCUUCAUAUUCUUCUUCUUUACCCUAUUUAACCAUUCACUUUAAUUUCAGUGUAAUACAACAAUUUUCGUAUAUACAACCCAAUGAUCUAGAAUCCAUAUGCGUGGGUAGAACAUGGGACGGUUCAACCAAGCCGACCCAAAUCGUUAUUCAUCUUUCCGAUACCAAGCUCUAUCAGAGACUUGAUUGCGCUAUAUCAGAAGUGUUAAUGCUUUUUAAGGAUGAGUUUGAAGAUGAACAUCAUGCUAUAAUUGAACGUACAACUCACAAGUUGCAAGGAAUGAUGACUACAGGGAUGUCAGAGGUAUCUGCGAAUGUGACAUUACUGAUUUAUCACGAAUGCGAUGGUAGAAUUUUGUUAGCAUUGGAAGAAUCAUCCACGUAUGGAAUGGUGCCGGCUAGUAAAUCAUCAAUACAGUUGCUAGAACCGAUGGAAGCCGAUGAAAUAAAUAGCAACGAUGAGUGUAUGGUAUGUCUAGAUGAGUUAGGGGAGGAAACUCAAGUACUGCGCUUGCCUUGCUCUCAUAUGUUUCAUGCUGAGUGUAUUAUCAAGUGGUUGGAGAAGAGCCAUUACUGCCCACUUUGCCGCUAUGAGAUGCCCACACAUUAAACAAGACUACAUGAAGGAUCAACAAUCUAAUGCCAAAACAAUUUUGUAGAUGGCUUUUGCGGUAGAUUAUUGUUCUACUAUCCCUAAGAGAUGUAUAUUUAAUCGAUUAGACGUUGGUGUUCUUUGAUGUAACGUGUUGCAUACCUCUUAUCAAGAUCCAAGCCUUUCUUUUAUUUUAGCUUUAAUGUAUGCAGUGAAGAAGUACCAAAAUCAAUUGAAUUAGUUAUUAAUUUUGUCACCAA